CAGAAACCUGCUAGCCUGGCUCCGAGGCUGGCACUGGGGAACUCCGGCAAAGGCUGGGCCUCGCCUUUCUCCGAUUCCUUUCCUCCCCUCGACUGCCAUGGAGACGCUUCCCGGGCCGUCCCGGCUGCCUCGCUGGAUUUCGGCCCAUCGCACCCUAGAGAAAGCUCUGCAGGGCUUGACGAAGUUGCAGCACCUGGUGGGGCAGCCUCGCCUGGGGCUCCGCAACAGCCCCCCUCACCUGCCCUACCUCCUGCCCCAGACGCACCAGCACCUGAGGCUUGUUCGGGAACACUAUGGGGCAGGUUUGGCCCAGCUCUGGGAAGAAACCUACUUUCGGGUCUUCCUCGCCAACCUGCUGGAGAAGAUCAAGCAAGCCACCAGGCUCUUCAAGAGGGAGAAGGAGCAAAUCUUCCAGGAGGGCUCGGCUGCCAGGUAAACGUCAAGAAACGGGUCAAAUCUUUGCACGUUAAAGAGGGCGAAUAGUAAAAUCAUAGGACUGUAGCGUUGGAAGGGACCACAAGCCUCAUCUCGUCCAAACCCCUGCAACGCAGGAAUUUUUUGCUAAAUGUGGGGCUAGGGCCCACGACCCUGACAUUGAGAGUCUCACGCUUUGCCAAUAGAACUAUCCUAGGUUCUGCAAAAUCUUGCUAGGCUGCCCCCAUUUUCUGGGACAAGGGUGGUCGCCAGUGCUGGAUUUGCGAGCGAGCGAAACUCUAUGAUGCUUUAGGGCCUCCGGUUAUGCAGGGUCUCUAAAACAACACAAUAAUCAGCUAAGUUUUCAAAUAUUGCAGGCUAUCCAAGUGUCUCUAUUUUCCAGGGACUGUCCCAGAUUUAGAUUUAGUCCCAGGUUUCUGAUUUGACCCCGGAAUGUCCCGCUUUUCCUUAGGACGUCCCUAUUUUCAUCGGAGAAAUGUUGGAAGGUAUGAAGUUAUGUGACCCCCCCAGGCAAGGAGAUAAGUAAAUAUACAACUUUUAGAACUUUUAGAAGACAUCUGAAGGCAGUCCUGUAUAGGGAAGGUUUUUUAAUGUUUUGUUAUGUUUUCAUAUAUGUUGGAAGCCACCCAGAGCGCCUGGGGCAACCCAGUCAGAUGGGCAGAGUAUAAAUGUUGUUGUUGUUGUUGAAUAGGAUGUCCCUGUUUUCAUCAGAGAAAGCUUGGAGGGUAUGGUGCUACACAAUUAUGUUUCAGCCGGCUUGUGAGCUUGCAAAUGCGAAAGUUCAUUAUUUCUGUUUUCUGACAGAAUAGCACACAUUUUGGGGAAAUAGUUAGUGCUGUGGGGUCCCUCCAAUUUGACAAAGCUAAAGACCACCACCCCAAAGUAUGGAUUAAUCUGGCAUUUCUGAACUGCAGCUCCCAUCAGCACCAGCCAGCAUGCCCAAUGGUCAGGGAUGGCGGCGGCUGUCAUUCAGCAACAUCUAGCGAUCACCCCAGUGGCUCCCCCAGAUUUAGGUGCAAGGGCACGCUUUUCGCCUCCCUUCCUUCCCAGGUUGCAAGCAUGCUGGUGGAAGGCUGCACCUGUUAGGUUUCUGCCUGGCUAAAGCCCAAGAUUCUGGCCAGGCGGAGUUUUACAAACUAGCAACCCUGCUGGUGCUCUGGGAUAAGGCAACACUAUUGCCAGCUUCUUUCGUGGCAAAAACCCUAUUAAAUAACAACCUGGUUGUGGCUCAAUAGGUAGAGCAUGAGACUCUUAAUCUCAAGAUUGUGGGUUCGAGCCCCACGUUGGGCGAAAGAUUCCUGCAUUGCACGGGGUUAGACUAGAUGACCCUCGUGGUCCCUUCCAACUCUACAAUUCUUGUAUUCUACUGAACAAUAUGACCAGGGCAGUUUGUUCCAAGCAGCACAAGUUCAAGAAAAAGCUGCAUCUGUUGGAUUUCUGCCUGCCACACGGCAGCUGUUAAGGGAAACAGAGUUUCUGCCAUGGUAAAACAUGGGCAAUUUUUUUUGCUAGUAAUAAUUAUUACAUUUAUUACCUUCCCUUCACCAGCAGCUCCCAGGUGGGAUACAGCAAUUUAAAAUUAAAAACGCUUAAAGCAGAUUGCAAUCACGGGAAUAGGGUGGGCCUUGAAAGCACAUAUCUCAGGUGUGAAGCUCCUGGAUUUAAAGUUGCAAUAAGGGCUGUGGUUAGUUUAAAAUCAAGUACACCUCGAAAGCUGGGAUAGAUCAAUAUCAUUUAGUCCCUGGGGCUCUCUUAGGCUGUGAAACAUUGUGAGCAGAGGUGGCACAUUUCUGUGCCUACAUAGAAGACAUUUUUGAACACCAGGUCAGGAGAAUCUGGACUGCGCCUGUAAAUCCUGAGAAGGCAGAACAGAAGGGAAUCUUGGACCUAUGAGCCUUAUAUGCAAGAAGGAGUGGAGGAGUGGUGGUUUUUUGUUUUAUAUUAUUCACUGAAAAACAAGAAAAGUACAAAAUUGUGAGUGCACAGGGUAAAGUAAGACACAAAAAAGAAGCAUGAAAUAGUACCCAUGUAGAAAACAAAGCAGGACAACAACAAAUAUUGUGUACAUUACCAAAAAAAGAGAGGAGAAAUUCUUAUUGUAGUUAACCAGACCUUAUGGUAUUUAUAAAAACGAAAUCCAAAUAUCGUUAAAUUUGUUCAUGGCAUGCCUAUGUUUGCAUGCAACCUGUUCGUGCAUAGUGAGUUUUUGUACAUAUCUUAAAUCCAAUCAUUUAAGGGGAGCUGCAUUUUUUAAAAAUUCUCCCUCCAAGAGGGGCGCUGACGAAUUUUAAUUUAGAUGCUUUGGCAGAAAUGGCAACCAGGGUGGUGAAUUGGGGGGUGGCGGGUGGCGGGCUGCGUACAUUUAAAUUUUCACACACACAACCAAAGAAUCCUGGGAACUGCGGUUUCUUAAGGGUGCUGGGAACUGUAGUUUUUUGAGGGAGGUGAGCUACAGUUCCCAUGAUUCCUUUUGGAAGUGUACAGCCUCCGCCUGGUUUAACAACUUGACUGCAAAAUUCGUCAGGGAAUUAUUUCGUGCUAAGGUGUGCAGAUCACGGGACUGAUAGCAGCACAGGAGCAGGUGAAAGAAAACAGAGUUGGCCAUUUUUUCCCCACCCAUCCACCUGCGGCCUCAGGGAGCUCUGUUUCCUCAUUUAUCAGCCGGUUGCUUAGUAACCAGGGCCUCUCCCCUCCUGUUUUAUAAGGCCACAAUUGGACCUUAUGAAUAAAAGUUUCUUGCUGCCUUUUGAACCCAUGACCUGCAGCCUUUUGAUCUACAGCAAUCUGCAGAUAAUGUCCCUUUGUCUCAUUCCCUCAUGGCAGCCUGCUGUUAAAGGAACAGGAGCAGGCCAGCCCUGGCUUUUUUCCUGGCCGUUCGGCAACCCUGUUUGGACCCUGCUGAAGCCACCCACCCAGCCUUUGCCACCGCAACAUAAACCUAAUGCACAAGCCCCCAGAGGCAUCGAGGAGGAAAGCGCUUCACCUGUUAUAUUUCUGCCUGUUCUGCUGUUAAACGACAACCCAUAUAUUUCCCCACAUUUCCCCCCUGUCCCCCGCAAAAAAACAAGCCCUAAUGCCUGACUGCAAGGUUGCUCCUUCUGUCCUGGCCGGGGCUUUGACAGCUGCACAGUUGAAAUCCAACAGGUGAAGCUUUGCUGUCGUGAAACCCGAAGGGAAAUCCGUUCAAAGCCCGUGCUGUUGAAUUUUAUUAUUAGCAACAUGCGGCUGAUUGCUGCACGGUGUGGUUUUUAUGAAUGGCGUAUUUCUGAACGGCUUUCAAGACUAUGAGUCAAAGGGGGGCAACUGGAAUCAUAAAACUACAGAGCGGGAAGGGACCCCAAGGGUCAUCUAGUCCAACCCCCUGCAAUGCAGGAAUAUCGACUGAAGUAUGCAUGAGAGGUGGCCAUCCAGACUCUGCUUACAAACCUCCAGUGAAGGAGAGCCCACAACCGCCAACAUUUAUUUCAGAUAAAUUACAGUGGUACCUCGGGUUACAGACGCUUCAGGUUACAGUGGUGCCUCGCAAGACGAAAUUAAUCCGUUCCACGAGUCUCUUCGUCUUGCGGUUUUUUCGUCUUGCGAAGCACGGCUAUUAGUGGCUUAGCGGCUAUUAACGGCUUAGCGGCUUUAAGAAAAAGGAAACAAACUCACAAGAACUCGCAAGACAUUUCGUCUUGCGAAGCAAGCCCAUAGGGAAAUUCGUCUUGCGGAACGACUCAAAAAACGCAAAACCCUUUCGUCUAGCGAGUUUUUCGUCUUGCGAGGCAUUCGUCUUGCGGGGCACCAAUGUACAGACUCCGCUAACCUAGAAAUAGUACCUUGGAUUAAGAACUUUGCUUCAGGAUGAGAACAGAAAUCGUGUGGCGGCAGCAGGAGGCCCCAUUAGCUAAAGUGGUACCUCAGGUUAAGAAUAGUUUCAGGUUAAGAACGGACCUCCAGAACGAAUUAAGUUCUUAACCUGAGGUACCGCUGUAUUGUGAGAAGCAGGAAACGGCUUUAUAUUUCACACCUGCUGUGCCGAUUCUUCGUUGUGUUGUGUGUGCUUGUAAAAAUUGCCUCCCCGGGCACCACUGGUAAAUGAUUAUCAUUUAUGCCUACAGCUAAGGCCAGUUGUGUGUGAUUGAUUGACUGGCUGGUCGGCCUUAUCCACUUGCCUUCUCUUGCUGCAGGAGGAAUCUCACCAAGCUGUCCCUGAUCUUCAGCCACAUGUUGGCUGAACUGCAGGCUCUGUUCCCUGAUGGACAAGACCGCGGCAGCACCUACCAGCUCAGCAAGCCCGAGGCCCAGACCUUCUGGAGGGAGACGUGGGGUUCAAGGUAGGACCCUCACUGCAGGUCACUCGGGCUUGGUACAACAGCACACCCAAACAUCCUACUCUUUCUACUUCAACACACCCGUGCCAGAUUUGAAAAGGUAAAGGGACCCCCGACCAUUAGGUCCAGUCGUGGCCGACUCUGGGGUUGCGGCGCUCACCUCGCUUUACUGGCUGAGGGAGCCGGCGUACAGCUUCCGGGUCAUGUGGCCAGCAUGACUAAGCCGCUUCUGGCGAACCAGAGCAGCGCACAGAAACCCCGUUUACCUUCCCGCUGGAGUGGUACCUAUUUAUCUACUUGCACUUUGACAUGCUUUCAAACUGCUAGGUUGGCAGGAGCAGGGAACCGAACAACAGGAGCUCACCUCGUCACGGGGAUUCGAACUGCCGACCUUCUGAUCGGCAAGUCCUAGGCUCUGUAGUUUAACCCACAGCGCCACCCGUAUAAGCUAAACAAGCUAUAGCUUAGGGCCCCACUUUCUUGGGGGGGGGGCAAAAAUUAAAGGGGAAAAAACCUGGAUGUACAUUUCCAAAAUAUAAGAGAAAAAAAUGAAAUAAAAUAAAACCUACAUACAGCAACAUUUUUUUGUGUUGUGUAGGCUCCUACGACGUAAGUCAUAGGCCCCGCCUGCUAGCCUGAUCCCUAAAAUAUCACUGGUUUGCUCAUUUCUAUAUAUAGGGCGCCUACAUUCUGCUAUUUAUAAUUAGUAGUAGCCCUAAACGGCCUCGGCUCAGUAUACCUGAAGGAGCGUCUCCACCCCCAUCGUUCUGCCCGGACGCUGAGGUCCAGCACUGAGGGCCUUCUGGCGGUUCCCUCAUUGCGAGAAGCAAAGCUACAGGGAACCAGGCAGAGGGCCUUCUCGGUAGUGGCGCCCGCCCUGUGGAACACCCUCCCACCAGAUGUCAAAGCGAUAAAUAACUACCUGACAUUCAGAAGACAUCUUAAGGCAGCCCUGUUCAGGGAAGUUUUUAAUCUGUGAUAUUUUAGUGUAUUUUUGGUUUCUAUGGAAGCCGCCCAGAGUGGCUGGGGAAACCCAGCCAGAUGGGCGGGGUACAAAUAAAUUAUUAUUAUUAUUAUUAUUAUUAUUAUUUGCACCAUAUAUUUACACCUAUUAGUUUUUCAUGUUAUAGCAAGUUUCUGGAGACUAGAUUGUAAGUCUUUGUAAAUUGUGUUUCUAAAGGAACAUUUGUUAUUGCCAAUGAUUGUUUUGAAUAAAAAUCAUUUUAAGUUAGAGUUUAAUAAUUAUUUCACUAUUAAUAGACUUCUUCGUAAUUGUAUUUCACUAUUAAUAUACUGGGACGCGGGUGGUGCUGUGGUCUAAACCACAGAGCCUAGGGUUUGCCGAUCAGAAGGUCGGCGGUUUGAAUGCCUGUGAUGGGGUGAGCUUCCGUUGCUCGGUCCCUGCUCCUGCAGUCAUGCUGGCCACAUGACCCGGAAGCUGUACGCUGGCUCCCUCAGCCAAUAAAGCGAGAUGAGCGCCGCAACCCCAGAGUCGUCCGCAACUGGACCUAAUGGUCAGUGGUCCCUUUACCUUUACCUUUAUAUUGCAGAAUAUAUCUGCAAACAAACCCAACAACUGAGCAAUAUGGAGCAGUGCCGGAUUUACCGGAUUUUUCGCACCAUAGGGCGCACCUAGUUUUUAGAGGAGGAAAACACACAAAAAAAUAUUCUGAAUCAAAUGUUGCACUAAACUAUUUAAAGCAGCAAAGCGGGCGGCUCCUGUCCGCUUUGCUGCUUUAAAUCGAGCCUCAGAGGAGGGUAGGAAGGGGAACCAUGGCUUAUCUAAGUCCAGUUAAUAAUGCUGAGCCUGACUUAUGGCCAUCGAGAUUAGCCUGGCCGUCUCAGUGGAAAUCUGGGGAUGCUGAGGUGGACUUUCCAGUGGUCAAAGUGUGGUUGUGUCUUCCUGCCCGGCAUCUAUUUCCUGCCCUCUUUCUCCCCUGCACCCCGCACCCUGCUUCGAGGGAAGGAAGCGGAGCCAUGGAUCCUCUGCUCGCAACUGCAGUGGAUUCCAUCCACUUUGAAGCAGGAAAGUGGGAGAGGAGCUGCUUACACGAGUGUAAGCUGCUCCCCUCCCACUUUGCUGCUUCAAAGGGAGCCCAGGAGGAGGGAAUCCGCUGCAGCUUCCCCCACCUCCCGGAGAGCCCGCAGAAGCCGCCAGCUCUUUAAAGGGGCUGCGCGGCUUCUCCUGGCUUUUCUGGGAGGUGGGAGAAGGGACUGAUGCAGCCAGUCAGUCCCUUCUCCCUCCUGGGGAAAAGCCCGCAAGAGCGCACGAAGCUUGUGUGCGGCUCUUGGGGGCUUUUCCCGCCUGCCUCCCCCUUGCAUUCGCUCCAUAGGACGCACACACAUUUUCCCUUGCUUUUUAGGAGGGAAAAAGUUCGUCCUAUAGAGUGAAAAAUACGGUAUGUAUAGGCUAAGUAGGCUGAAGCCUAGGGUCUCUAAAUCUAGGGGGCCUCCCCAGCCUGACCACCCCCCAGCGGGCAGUCUCCCCUCACCCCAAAUUGCAAACCCAAGACUUCAUGCAAGGGCAGGGCAACUCAGGCCCAGCAACUUUGAGACUGGGGGCUCCCCCCCCCAAAGAAUCCUGGGAGCUGUAGUUCCUUAAGGGCUCUGGGAGUUUUUAGCCUUUCUCAACCUGAGGGUCCCCAGAUUUUGUUGGACUACAACUCCCAUCCUCUGUAGCUGGCAAGGCCAGAUGAUGGCAAGGCCAGGGAUGAUGGGAGUUGUAGUCCAACAACAUCUGGGGACCCACAGGUUGAGAAGCGCUGCUUUAGGAGAACCCCGGUUCCCCUCACAGACCUACAGUUCCCAGAGUUUCCUUGUGAGGAGGGAUUGAAUGCUAAACCACUCUGGGGAUUGUAGCUCCCUCCACAGUCCGUGGCUCCCAGAAUUCUUUGGGGGAAGCCAUGUCUACAAAUGUGGCUUCGUAGUGCUUCGAAUGAAUGGCUUUUUAUUCAUUGUCUUGCUACCCCUGCUUGCCCUCGUCUGCGCAUGUUCCAAUUGGCCAGUGACCCUCCUUACUCUGAAUUUGGCAUCACCCUUCUGUUUCUCUGCAGGAGCCUCGUAUCCUGGUCUGAAUUUCGGGAAGGACUCGAUCGGGUCCACCCUGUGGAUCCCGGCCCAAUGGCCUUAGCCCUGAGAUCCACCAUCGACCUCACCUGCAACGGGCACAUCUCCGUAUUCGAGUUUGACAUUUUCACCCGCCUCUUUCAGGUACACCUGGGGAGUUGGUGGGACCCUGGAGUUGGUUUUAACCCUGAAAACGAAACGUCUUGCCCUCUUCACCUUCAAAAGAAGCAAAAUCGGAAUACUUGGGGAGGGAAAACGGAAAACUGUUUAUUUUAUAUUUAUUUACUGUUUUGUCAAAAUACAAAAUCAAACGCAAAACGGAAUCAUCAUUUUGCGAAAUAUCUUUUUUUAUAACAUUUUAUUAAAUUUCCAAAAAUAAAAGCAAUAAAAAACCCAAUAAUAAUAUUCACAAUUAACAAUUUCAACCAUAAAUCUUAAUUGACUUCCCUCCACUCCCCCUCCUGGUUCCAUUAUUUUACUCUUAUUCAUGCAUGUCCUUAAAAUCUUAUAUUCUUAAUAAUCUAAUUUUUAAACCUUGUUCAUCGUAUUACAAGUGAUUUUUAAAAGUUCAAUUAAUGUAAAAACCUAUACACAAAGCUCACAAGGUUAUGCUUUAAACAUUUUCUUUGUUUAAAAAAAAGAAAGGAAAAAACCAAUGUCCUUUUGGGUUUCAUAUUGUCUAAUAUGUCCUGCAUAGUUCACUAGAUUAUUUUACCAGUCUUCUUUAUCUUCUUUGGCUGUGGCUUCUUCCUUCUAUGGGCCGGUCUUGGCCUGGCAUCCACUCUCAGGUGCGGGUCAUUUUGCAAAAUAUCGAAGCAGGGACAAAGAAUUGGGUGUGGACAGCAGUAAUACAUUCCAGGCUUUUGAUAUAAUAGAAAGUCUAUGAAAUAAAAACAAACACUCUUAACAUAGAUAUCUGUUAUCCCUCCCUGGACAGGGGGGAGGAAGUUUAACGCUGAAAAUGAAACGUUUUGCUCUCCUUUGACUCCUCACAUUCAAAAUAAGCAACGUCAUUAUACUUGGGCACUAAAAUGUAUUUGUUUUAUUUUAAAGCAUUUAUAAACUGCUUAGCGUUUAAAAAAACAAAACUCCAAAUGGUGUACAAUAGUGAAACAAAAAAAAUCUUUAAAACAAAAAUACAACAUAAAACCAAGAAGACAAUAAUAUAAUGGUAUAUAUAUAUUUUUUUUUUAAAACGCAGAAUGGGAAAUUAGGGGGUGCAAACACAGAAAAUGGGGGCUGGUGAUAUGAAUCAGAGGAACGCCAGGGCUAAUUUUAGGAAAACUGCUCUCGGUGGUCCUAUUUUAUCUCCAUUUCCAGUUGUCAUUCAACACCCCCCGAGUUUGCUAUUAGAGGGAACAUGGCCCAUAUAUUCUGUUGUGUUGCCUGUGGCCUUUCUAUGUUCAGUGAGGGGAGGUGUUUUUGCUUUAAAAAACAACCUGAACGCACUUCCUCCCUGCACCUUUGCAAAAUUAAACCGAGCCAAGAGAUGGAAACUUUGGCUCCUCGCCCACCUCUGCUGACCCACCUCUGCUGUCACCACCCACGCAUGGCAGCCUUGAGCGAGUGAUGGACGCACACCAGCCACAUCCUGCCCUGUGGUCAGCAGCUCUCCUUGCAAGAGGCGCGAAAAACGCAAACGGUGCACACAAGACAAAGAUCUUCCAUGGAGGGGUGUGGAGGAAGGGGGGGACGGAUGUCGUGAAGGAGGCAGCCGGUUGUUUGUCAGGUGGAGCCGGCAGCCCUCUGACCCAUUUGCAAAGCUCUCGCCGAAAGCUUCCUGCAAGUCACUUUGCCCUGCCUUCCAGAUACUGUGUCCUGCAUUCUGAGAUGGCAAGAAAAAAGCACACCAAGAACUCAGGCCAAUGUAAGCUUCAGUAGUGGGAGUGGUCCCUACUCACAAAUCAAUAGUCAAUAGUAACAAAAAUUAAUCCAUUCAAAAGUAUCUAGGGGGGAAAAACCAAUUUAAAAUACAGGUUAAAAUGAAAUUUAAAAUGCAGCCUCAUUUUAAAAGUAGCCCAUAGAUCAAAACCAUAAGGGUAGGGAAACAAAAGGGUCAGACCCAGUCCAAAUCAAAGGCCAGGCGGAACAGCUCUGUCUUGCAGGCCCUGCGGAAAGAUGGCAAGUCCUUCAGGGCCCUAGUCUCUUGUGACAGAGCAUUCCACCACGUCGGGGCCAGUGCUGAAAAGGCCCUGGCCCUAGUUGAGACCAAUUUAACCACCUUGCGACUUGGGACCUCCAAAAUGUUGUCAUUUGUGGACCUUAAGGUCCUCCACGGGGCAUACCAGGAGAGGCGGUCCCGUAUGAUGCGAGUUGUAGUCCAAAAACAGCUGGAGAAACCCUGGACUAGAUAGACCUUUGGUCUGAUAUAGGAGGACUUUUCUUAUAUCAGAGGUAGGGAAUGUGGCCCUCCGGACCUCUUUCUCUGGCCCCCAGGGCUCUUUCAGGGCUGCUCCUCCUCCCUAGUCAUACUCCCUGCUUUGCAUCCUCUGUGAGUGCUUUUGCCUGUGUAUGUACUGAGUUGAAUAGGAUCCAAAAUGCAGCAGUCUGAUUGGUCCUAGAACAAUAGGAUUCAGAAUGCAGGAGUCUGAUUGGUCCUAGAACAAUAGGAUUCAGAAUGCAGCAGCCUGAUUGGUCCACAGGAGCCACCCAAUCCAGCUCCAGGUGGAAGUGAAUCCAUGACCUGAUUGGCCUACAGGAGAAUCCCGGAAUUAGCCAAUCACUGUGUAAAUAAUGUAUAUAAAGCAGAUACUUUGGGGGAACUUUCAUUCCUCCUCACCACUAUGAACUGAAUCAAAAGCAUGAAAUCCACUCUUGACUCCGAGUAUAUUUCAGCCUGCCUGGAAAUGGCCCCUUAAUAAUACCCGGAUGGAGGACUAUAUGUGUGUAGAUGUAAGCCUACUCCAGAAGGGGAAAUUUGCAUCUGUUGCUCUGCCCACUUUGCCCAUGGCCCCACCCACCACCGGCAUAUGGCCCCUGGAAGCUUUAUCCAGAAGGGGAUUUGGCCCUCAGGCUGAAACAGGUCCUCCACCCCCCUCUCUUACAUUUAUAAUGGCUCCCGGCCGCUCGCUGAUGCCUCUCUCUGCUCCCUCCCCUGCAGCCUUGGCCGACAUUGCUCAAGAACUGGACGUACCUCGCGGUCACGCACCCAGGAUACAUGGCUUUCCUCACCUACGACGAAGUGAAGGCACGCCUGCAGGCUUACACCAAUAAGCCCGGCAGGUAAGAUGGCGCCCCCGAGUGGUUCUACCCGAGCAGGCCUCCUUGCCUCACUUAAGAACUGGUUUUCUCAAGGACCCUCCAGUUUUUAUUCCGGUUCGCUUGCACAAAGUGUAUACGGCGGUUAGACCAGCUCCGUUCUUUCUCAAGCCUUUGUUCCGGUUUGUUUAUGGGGCAGUUAUACAAUAAGGAGCGUCUUUCCCGCAUUCAUUCCUUUUAUAUAUAUAUAUAUAUAUAAUUAUUUAUUAGUUUUUUUAACAUAUCAUUUUCAACAGUAAUUAAACAUACUUUUACAUAUUAUUCAAAUUUUUGACUUCCAUCAAUCCUGUCUGAAUAUUUUCCAAUCUAAUCUCUCAGUGUGCAUUUCUUAUCUUCCCUAUUACAUUUCAAACUCAUAACCAAUAUCUCUAUCUUUUUCUACUCUGUAACACUUCGUAUAUUUCUCCUUACAAAACUUCUUGUAGUCCUACUAGCAUAAUUUGUUCAUUACAGUUGCUCUUCAAAUAAUUCAUAUACUUCAUCCAAUCUUCUGUAAAUCUCUGGUCCCGCAGGUUUCGAAUCCUUCCUGUCAUUUUGUCCAAUUCUGCAUAGUCCAUUAAUAUCGUCUGCCAUUCUUAUUUCAUCAGAAUUUCUUCUUGUUUCCAUUUCUGAGCUAACAAUACUCUUGCUGCAGUUGUUGCAUAUAAAAACAUUUUAACAUCUUACCUAUUAAUGUCCUGACCUAUAAUACCAAGUAAAAAUGCUGCUGGUUUUUUAAAAAAUGUAUAUUUCAACAUAUUUCAGCAUUCAUUCCUGUUACGCUGGUGGGCCGAGGUGUAGUGGUCUGGGGUCAUGGGAGGGCCAAAGUCCCCUUUCUAUUUCUGCAGUGGGGUCCCUGCCUCUAGCUUCCUGGAGGUGCCCAGCCAGAAUGAAUGGGGAGAUUUCCAGCCACUAAGAAGUCUUCUUGUGCUUUGUGCUGAUUGGAACCAAUCUGAGUGAAAGGAGAUGAGUCCAUAGCUGUCAACCGUCCCUUAUUUGCCGGGAAAGUCCCUUAUCCCAGCGCUGUGUCCCGCUGCUGUCCCUUAUUGAUGAUGUCCCUUAAAUUUCCCGGGUUUCAAAGGAAGCAGCUCCUCUCCCUCCCUCCCUGCCGGCCAGGGAGGAGGGAGGCUCCAGCUGUGUUGCUUGGCUGCGUUGCUUAUCCAAUAAGGAGUCUAAGAACGACUGGGGGUGGAGCUUGCAUGCCUUGUGCCAAUCAAAUUGGCCGGGUUGCCUGGGGACUCGGCUUUGCUCAGCGCUUCCCAGCGGAGAGGUGACGGUUGUUUUCCUUGCUGCAUCCCCUUUGCUGGGUUGCUGCGCUAUGGGAACCACCGCUUGAGGCUUCAUUUGGCUGCUGGCUGGGCUUUUUGCCUUUGGCUCGGAGGGGCUCAGAAGUUGAACAUACCUGUGCUCUGAAAAUCACUUAAUUUGGCAGCUGAUCCCUUAUUUUUGAGGCUGCUGGUCCCUUAUUUUCAACUCUGUAAGUUGACAGCUAUGGAUGAGUCGGCCAUUGAGGACGGGCUCCUAGGGUCACCCUGGAGAGGAGAUGCAGGAGCAACACUGAGGAGUUGUGGUUCUGUAUGCUCCCAAGCUAACCGUUUAGGAACACUGGAAAACACAAGAGGUUUGGGGUUUGAGAUAAUGCAGAGCAAGUUCUGUCACAUUGAGGAAAAUGCAACUUAAGGUUUCAAGAACUCCACAUUGUGCGCAUUCCUGGGCUCUUUGUGGGAUAUUUACACAAUUUGUGAGAUAUUGACACUAUUUCCUGCUGAUCGUUCAUUCAUCUUGCAUUUUUCCUCGUUGCUUUCCUUAACCUCAAAAGUUCAGUGUUGUUUUGGGGGUUUGGGGACCGGUGGUGGUGGAUUAAUUGCAUUGGGGCGACAGAUUGCCCAAAUGUGCUCUAAUUGCCCAAAUCUAAUGUGCUCUACCCCUUCAUGGAUCACUGCCUUGCCGUAGCGAAGGGGCUUGAAUAACUCAGAGAAGCUAUGAACUAUGCCGAGCAGGGCACCCAAGAUGGACAGUUUUCCCAGUAGUGAUGUAUGGAAGUGAGAGCUGGACCAUAAAGAAGGCUGAUCGCUGAAUAAUUGAUGCUUUUGAAUUAUGGUGCUGGAGGAGACUCUUGAGAGUCCCAUGGACUGCAAGAAGAUCAAACCUCUCCAUUCUGAAGGAAAUCAGCCGUGAGUGCUCACUGGAAGGACAGAUCCUGAAGCUGAGGCUCCAAUACUUUGGCUACCUCAUGAGAAGAGAAGACUCCCUGGAAAAGACCCUGGUGUUAGGAAAGAUUGAAGGCACAAGGAGAAGGGGACGACAGAGGACAAGAUGGUUGGAUAGUGUUCUGGAAGCUACCAGCAUGAGUUUGACCAAACUGCGGGAGGCAGUGGAAGACAGGAGUGCCUGGCGUGCUGUGGUCCAUGGGGUCACGAAGAGUCGGACACGACUAAACAACUAAACAACAACAGCAACAAUGUGCUCUAAUUGCCCAAAUCUAAAAUCCUGCCUUGCUCUGGAAUCCCUUGACAGCCGAGGCACCUUCAGCGAGCAAAGGGAGGAGGACGAGGUGUGGCUGUCCAACCCCAAGCAAGGACAUUACUGCUCAGUGGUUAGAGCACCUUCUUUGCAAGUCAAAAGUCCCGGGUUCAAUUUGUGGCAGCUCCAGGUAGACUACUACUUGGAACACAGGAAAAUUUCCUUAAAUCAAAUUGGAACAUUGAUCCAUCUAGCGUUGUCUACACUGAUUGGCAGCGGCUGUUUUGCAUUUCAUCCAGGGGCAACUCCUUAUUAUUAUUAUUAUUAUUAUUAUUAUUAUUACUACUACUAUUAUUAUUCUGCCCUAUACCCAGAGGUCCUCAGGGCAAUUCAAAGAACAAAAUCAAAAUACAGAAGCCCAAAAUAUAUAAUCAAAAUAAAAACAACGCCGCCCCCCCCAAAACCCACAUUUUAAAAGGGCGUAGGAUGUCAAUCAGAUCAGCCAAAGGCCUGAUUAAAAAGGAACAUUUUCGCCUGGCACCUAAAGGUAUAAAAUGAAGGCGCCAUGUGAACUUCCCUGGGGAGAGCCUUCCACAGACAGGGAGCCACUGCAGAGAAGGCCCCGUUCUCGUGUUGCCACCCUCCGAACUUCUCGAGGAGGAGGCACAUGAAGAAGGGCCUUGAAAGAUGAUCCCAGGGUCCGGGUAGGUUCAUAUGGAAAGAGGCGGUCCUUGAGAUAUUGCGGUCCUGAGCCUUUUAAGGCUUUAUAGGUCAAAACCGGCACUUUGAAUUGGGCCCGGAAACUAAUUGGCAGCCAGUGCGGUCGGACCAGGAUCGGUGUCAUAUGCUGAAAUCUGCAAGGCAGUUGCCCUAACCACUGAGCCAUGCUCCUUUCCCCCCAGAGAGGUCCUGCAGACCUUCUGCCUCACAGUUUGCGCAGCACUGAGCUAGGUGGACAAAGGCUCUGACUUGGUAUCAGGGAGUUUUCUGAGGACCCCUAGCAGAUGCCAGCCAACGCCCCCCCCGCCAGCUACCGCUUAAAUGCUCCCAGCUAAAAAUGCUUCUAGAUCGCCUCCCUCUGUGAAACUCCCCAAUCCACCCCCUUCCAGGUCUCUUCCACCCCAGUUUGAGGACCGCCAUUCCGUUUGUGCCGCCAGUUCUUACUGCUGUAUUGCCACGCUAUUGACCUCUCGCUGGAUCUCUCUCCAUCUCAGCUAUAUUUUCCGCCUGAGCUGCACCCGGCUGGGCCAGUGGGCCAUCGGCUACGUGACGGAAGACGGGAGCAUCUUGCAAACCAUCCCACAGAACAAGCCUCUCUUCCAGGCGCUGAUUGACGGACGCAAGGAGGGCUUGUAGGUGAUGGGGAUUGGCGGUGGGGAUGUGGUGGGGCCAGAGUUGCGGGUGUUCUCUGGGCGGCUUUCAACAAAAUAUUAAAAUACAAUAAUCUAUUAAACAAAAGCUUCACUAAACAGGGCUGCCUUCAGAUGUCUUCUAAAAGUCUGGUAGUUGUUGUUCUCUUUGACAUCUGAUGGGAGGGCGUUCCACAGGGCGGGUGCCACUACCGAGAAGGCCCUUUGCCUGGUCCCCUGUAACUUGGCUUCUCAUAGCGAUGGAACCACCAGAAGGCCCUUGGCACUGGACCUCAGUGUCCGGGCAGAACAAUGGGGGUGGAGACGCUCCUUCAGGUAUACUAGACCGAGGCUGUUUAGGUCUUUAAAGGUCAGCACCAACACUUUGCAUUGUGCUUGGAAACGUACUGGGAGCCAAUGUAGGUCUUUCAAGACCGGUGUUAUGUGGUCUCGGUGGCCGCUCCCAGUCACCAGUCUAGCUGCCGCCUUCUGGAUUAGUUGUAGUUUCAGGGUCACCUUCAGAGGUAGCCCCACAUAGAGCGCAUUGCACUAGUCCAAUUUAUAUUAUUUCUUUAUAUUUCUAUACCACCUUUCGUCCAAGAAGCAAAAAGUGUAUUCAUUUUUAUGCAAACUCCUCCCCCAUAUAUGUAAAUUUGCAAACAUGCUUCGGUGAGUAAGCUGCAGAGCAAAAUUCAGAUAACUGAACACAUUUUUGUGUUUCGGUUCACAUGGUGGUUUUUUGGAAAGGGAACUUGUUAAAUUCGGCUUCAGGCAAGACCUGGAUUGAAUUUCUAUCCCAUCCCCCUUCUGCAGCUAUCUGUAUGCUGACGGGAAGAAUGCAAAUCCGGAUCUGGCCGAGUUGACGGAGGUGUCAUCCCAAAACCGAAUCCAGGUCUCGCAAGUAAGUCUCCUUGUGCUCUUCCCCCAACCUGAGCAGGCCGUUAAGACUUUAAAAUUAAGUGCUCCGAGUAGAGAGACAGCAAGGACAACAGGAUAAAAAACUCAUGCAUGCCCACCUUCAUCAAAUGCCUGGUUUCCAGCACCCAUAUCUGCAGCUUCUAGGUGGGUGCCACCUGGGGACUCAGCUACAUUAGUAAAGAAACAGCAAUUUGAAUGUGCUAUCAACAUGCAACACCAGGUGGCGCCAGAGAGCAGGAAAAUUUAAAGAUGUGAUUUUCCAUAGAGAUUUUUUAAAUCUUUUGUUAAAAUGAUCUAAUUUCUGACAUUUAUAGCACGGGGGGGGGGGUUCCUGUGUUUAGAUCCACCCAGGAUAGGGGGACUUUUGGGUACUGACACCUUGUUUGUGGCCUACCACUCCCUGGAGAAAUCCACCUGGCACCCCUUGAUUCCUCUUUGUUUUUGCCAUUUAAAAUGGCAGGUUAAAACCGUUGCGUUUCGCCAGACCUUUGUGGAAAAACAAUGCAUGCCUAUCCCUAGCUUUCCCCUCUCCCAAAUGUAUCCUCCGAACAGCCCUGUGAGGUAGGUUAGGCUGAGAGGCAGCAACCUGAGCUUCAGGGUUCAGUGAGGAUUGGAACAUGGGUCUCCGAGUGCAGUGCUCAAACCAUUAAGCCACGCUGCCUCUCGUUCUCUCAAGUCGCCAUCCCAUGCCCCUUUCUCUGCUUUUCCCACAGGAGCAGUUUGAAGUCUACUGCCAGGUGGGCUCCACCUUCCAGCUCUGCAAGAUCUGCGCCGAGAACGACAAAGAUGUCCGGAUCCAGCCUUGUGGGCAUCUCCUCUGCCGGGGCUGCCUCAACACAUGGCAGGUGAGGGCCCGAUCCCUGACCUUUCCCAGGCCCCUGCCCCUUCGCCCUGCCUGGCUGGCUGGCUGGGCCUCGCUGCCUUAUGCAAGCAGCUGCUUCUCUUGUGAACUAACAGCAUACUGUCUCCUCACCCUUUCCUUGACCCUCAGCCACUCUUAAUGCCAUUCCACGUUAAGCAUCACGCCACUUUUAAGAGUCUUGGCUUCCCUCCGAAGAAUCUUGGGAACUGUAGUUUGUAAAAGGUGUUGAGGGUUGUUUGGAGACCCUUAUUCCCCUUCCUGAAACUACAGUUCCUCAGAGUGGUUUAACAGUCGGUCCCUCUCCCCAGGGGACUCUGGGAAUUUUAGUUCUGUAGGCGAAUAUGACAGUGUUCUUGAAGCUACGAACAUGAGUUUGACCAAACUGUGGGAGGCAGUGGAAGACAGGAGUGCCUGGCGUGCUCUGGUCCAGGGGGUCACAGAGAGUCGGACAUGACUAAAUGACUAAAAAACAACAACAACAGGUGAGUAGGGGCCUCCUCUCAGCACCCUUAAGGUAAAGGGACCCCUGACCAUUAGUUCCAGUCGUGGCCGACUCUGGGGUUGUGGCACUCAUCUCGCUUUAUUGGCCGAGGGAGCCGGCGUACAGCUUCCGGGUCUUGUGGCCAGCAUGACUAAGCCGCUUCUGGCGAACCAGAGCAGCGCACGGAAAUGCCGUUUACCUUCCCGCCGGAGCGGUACCUAUUUAUCUACUUGCGCUUUGAUGUGCUUUCGAACUGCUAGGUUGGCAGGAGCAGGGACCAAGUAAUGGGAGCUCACCCCGUCGCAGGGAUUCGAACCGCUGACCUGAUCGGCAAGUCCUAGGCUCUGUGGUUUAACCCACAGCGCCACCCGCGUCCCUUCUCAGCACCCUUAACAAACCUUUAAAAAAUAUCACUAUGGGAAUUGUGCUGAUAGUUGUUAGGAGGCCUCCAUUCCCCUCCCAGAACUACAGUUCCCAGAGUUCCCUGGGAGGAGGGACUGGCUGUUAAACCUGUCAGAGGGCAAGGUCGUUCUGUGACAAGCAAACUAAAGUUCCCAGGAUUCUUUGGAGGAAGCUAUGCCUUUUGAAGUGGCAUAAGACUGGACGGUGUGGCUGAGCCCCUUGUUGUUGUUUUCCUUGAUGUGCUCCACAAGAUGAACUGUCACAUCCCCAGCUAGUUCCUUCUUCCAUUCCUCUGCUUCCAGCCAGCCCAUAAUACUGAUUACAUCUUGCUUAAGUGUUCAUCCAGUCAGUACAGUGGUACCUUGGUUCUCAAACUUAAUCCGCUCCGGAGGUCCGUUCCAAAACCAAAGCAUUCCAAAACCAAGGUGCACUUUCCCAUAGAAAGUAAUGCAAAAUGGAUUAAUUCAUUCCAGACUUUUAAAAACAACCCCUAAAACAGCAAUUUAACAUGAAUUUUACUCUCUGACGAGACCAUUGAUCAAUAAAAAGGAAGCAAUAAACAAUGUACUGCCGUCACACAGUCCAUCAAUCAGUAGCUGAACUGGGUUCCACACGGUCACAAAAAGAGAGCCGCAAAAACAAAAAUGCAAAAUAAAUAGCAGAAACACACAGACCUCAGCGUAACACUCAAAACGGAGCACGUUCGGCUUCUGAAAAAAGUUCUCAAACCUUACUUCCGGGUUUGCAGUGUUUGGGUUCCAAGUUGUUUGAGUACCAAGGCGUUUGAGAACCAAGGUACCACUGUACAAGGAUGGGGAACUCCAGUUGUGGCCAGACUCCGACUCCCAUCAGCCCCAGCCAGCAUGGUCACUGGUCAGGGAUGAUGGGAUCUGUAGUCCACCAUCGUCUGCAGAGCUGCAGGUUCUUCAUCCCUGGUUUGCUAUUUCUAAAUGCGUCUUCUUCAUUUUAUAUCUCUAUCUACGUAUCUCCAUUUUGAAAUACGGCCCUGAGAUUGUAAUCUAACCCCCGGACCGCUCGUCAAGCUUCCAUAAAUCAUUAAGAAAAUCGUUUGAGGCUGGAGACGGCAGUACUGGGAGUUGACAAGUUCAUCCGCCACGCAUCUGGAUUUAUCAGUUCCAUCAGGCUUAAUGGCCCAUUUGCAUGAGCCAGUUCAUUAGGAUCUCUCUCGCUCUCUUAAUUCUCCUCAGCACAUUUCGGAGAUAAGCUGCUCCUUAUCGUUCGGCAGCAUAAACCAAUUCUCCAGCCCAUCGUAUUUUAACCAACUCGGAGACCGUGUGUCUCUUACAGUCAGGAAGUCAGAUUUAAACGAGGGACGGCGUAGUUCAAAUUCCCACACAACCACAAAUUUUAGGUGCAUGAUUUGGGCAUGUCGCUGCCUCCUAGCCUCACAUGGGGUGAUAAAAGAGAGUGGAAACCACAAACGCCAUAAAGGAGAGAAAACACCCAAAAAACUCAACCCAGUGAAGACUGAGCGUGCUCAGUAUUUUGUUGUUCUUUAGUCGUUUAGUUGUGUCCGACUCUUCGUGACCCCAUGGACCAGAGCACGUCAGGCCCCCCUGUCUUCCACUGCCUCCCGCAGUUUGGUCAAACUCAUGCUGGUAGCUUCCAGAACACAGUCCAACCAUCUCAUCCUCUGUCGUCCCCUUCACCUUGUGCCCUCCAUCUUUCCCAACAUCAGGGUCUUUUCCAGGGAGUCUUCUCUUCUCAUGAGGUGGCCAAAGUCUUGGAGCCUCAGCUUCAGGAUCUGUCCUUCCAGUGAGCACUCAGGGCUGACUUCCUUCAGAAUGGAUAGGUUUGAUUCCUGCAGUCCAUGGGACUCUCAAGAGUCUCCUCCAGCACCAUAAUUCAAAAGCAUCCAUUCUUCGGCGAUCAGCCUUCUUUAUGGUCCAGCUCUCACUUCCAUACAUCACUACUGGGAAAACCAUAGCUUUAUCUAUACGGGCCUUUGUUGGCAAAGUAUUUACUCAGUAUUUACUGUUUAUUUAUUGCAUAUAUUUCCCCACCUCUUUCUCCAAGGAGCUCAAGGGGAAACCAGACAGAUGGGCGGGGUAUAAAUAAUAAAAUUAUUAUUAUUGAGGCCCCCCUCCUCAUCUAAUCCCCACAACACCCUUGGCGAGGUAGGCUGGGCUGAGAUAGGCAGUGGUCACCCAGUGAGCUUCAUGCCCAAGUGGGGAUUUGAACCCUGGUCCUUCCCAGGUCCUAGUCCGUAACCCUAACCACUACACUAUGCUGGCUCUCUGUACCCUCAUCAGCCAGGGAAUGCUAACUUGACAGUGUAGGAAUUACAACCCAAGGGAAUGAAAUGGAGCAAUUAGAAUCUGGGACAGCAGGACUCCAUGCUUCAACACUUUGUUGACGUUCCCAGUUCUUAACGCUGUUCACAUGUGUUGCAAAAGCACAUCAGCUGCUGCGCUUUCUCCUGCCACCGUUAGGCACAAAUCUUUGGAGACAAAUCUGGCCGAAUCGGUUCCUCUCAGUUUCUCAAUUUUACAGCCUUAAAUCCUGUUCCCCUCAUUUCCAUACCAAUUCACAACUGCUUUAUUUAAAACAAAAAACUCAUGAAAAUUCACCAGUGUUUUAUGUGAAGUUCUCCAAAUUUGCUUGUAUGCAAUUCUAUGUAAUAUGCACAUUUUCACAAUGCAGCUUUCCUUAAUAUAAUGUGGAUUUUUGGGGACAUUAGCUGUGAUUCUUGCUAGAUGGCCCUGUACAUUUCCGAGCACAAUUCAAAGUGUUGGUGCUGACCUUUAAAGCCCUAAACAGCCUCGGUCCAGUAUACCUGAAGGAGCAUCUCCACCCCCAUCAUUCAGCCUGGACACUGAGGUCCAGCACCGAGGGCCUUCUGGCUGUUCCUUCACUGUGAGAAGCAAGGUUGCAGGAAACCAGGCAGAGGGCCUUCUUGGUGGUGGCACCUGCCCUGUGGAAUGCCCUCCCAUAAGAUGUCAAGGAAAUAAACAACUAUCUGACUUUUAGAAGACAUCUGAAGGCAGCCCUGUUUAAGGAAGUUUUAAUGUCUGAUGUUUUAUCAUCUUUUUAUUAUUAUUAUCAUUAAUUCUGUUGGGAGCUGCCCAGAGUGGCUGGGGAAACCCAGCCAGAUGGGCAGGCUAUAAAUAAUAAAUUAUUAUUAUUAUUGUUAUUAUUAAGCUCCCUUCCAACUCCACAACCCUAUAAUUCAACCAUUAUUUUCACUAGUAUGUGCAAUUUAAAAAAUGAACAUUAUCCCAGCAUUUUUGGUACACGUUACUUGGCUAGAGAAGGGCGCUGCAAAAUUCAGAAAAGGGCCUGUUUCAUAGGAGGUCUGUGUGUGAAUUAUGUAGGUUCGCCUUUAACAGCGACCUGGACAGGAUUCCGCCUCCCAACUCCUCUUUUGGGAACACAGCCGCCCGUGACACCAGCCUGGCAAACUCUAAAGCAGCCUUCUCUGCCCCCAGCUCUCCGAAGCUCAUACCUGCCCCUUCUGUCGCCGGGAGAUCUGGGGCCACGAAGACAUCCUCAUUGAUGCCUUCAGCUACAAAGAAGACAGUGCCAGCCUGGAGGACGAGGGGGACGAGGGGGAUAUGGAAGACGUGGAGGUGGUGCUUCAGGAACUGGCCAUGAUGCGCCAGGAGAAAAAGGUCGGUAGAAGAAGGUGCAAUACCGGGCAGGGUGGAGUGGGGAGUGCAGCUUAUGGGGCAAGAUCUGGAUUAAUUCUGCCCUUCCCCUUCUGCACCAACCCUCAGCUCCAGGCAGCAAAUGGUGUCUCGCCUCCGUGCGCCACCCCCAAGUUGCAAACCCCGCCAGUGCCACCUCGGCUAAACAUGCAGAGGCAGAAUAAGAGCCCCCUGCCCAGUCCCGACUACCAGGUGAGUGGUACCCAGUUCUUAAGUUUUGUGCUCUCUCUCUCAACACCAGAACUCAGAGGCAUCUAGUGAAGCUGAAUGGUGGAAGAGUCAGGAUAGGCAAAAGGGCAUUUCCCUUUACGCAGUGCAUAGUUAAACUGCGGAACUCCAACUUGGAUGGUUUGAAAAGACGAUUGGGCACAUUCAUGGAGGAGAGAGGGCUAUUGGUGGCUGGGUGGCGCUGUGGGUUAAACCACAGAGCCUAGGACUUGCUGAUCAGAAGGUCGGCAGUUCGAAUCCCCGCAACAGGGUGAGCUCCCGUUGCUCGGUCCCUGCUCCUGCCAACCUAGCAGUUCAAAAGCACGUCAAAGUGCAAGUAGAUAAAUAGGUACCUAAUGGUCAGGGGUCCCUUUACCUUUAACUAUGAGGGCUAUGCACUUGCCUCCACAGCUGGACGCAAGCCGAAGGAGGAAACAAAUCCCACGUUUUCUGGCCUUAGGUUUUUCCGUCAAUUCUUCUGAAUCCCAGUGGCUGGAAACCACAGGAGAGGGCUCUGGUGCUUGGAUUCUGCUAACUCAGUGUUUCCCAAUCUCGGGCCUCCAGCUGCUUUUUUGGACUACAAUUCCUAUCAUCCCUGACAACUGGUCUUGCGAGCUAGGGAUGAUGGGAGUUGUAGUCUGAAAACAGCUGGCGACCCAAGUCUGGGAAACACUGAGCUAGAGGGUUCCCCGAAGAGAACCACUGUGAGAACGGGAUGCUGGACUGGAUAUGCCAAUUGGGUUCAUCCAGCAGGCUAUUCUUGCAUUUUGUGUGGAGUGGGAGGUGCAGAGGAUGUCCUGGACCAGGGGUCCGCAAACUAAGGUCCGCGGGCUGGAUAAGGCCCAUGGGACUCAUUUAUCUGGCCCACGGCGAUCCCUGCCGCCCGCUGCCGCCACCCGCUCUUACCGGCGCUGUGCUGAGCGGCUGCCCACUUAUGGGUCGGAGGAGCACCGGAAAUAGUUUGUGCGCAAGUGUUAUUUGCACAUGCGCAAGCGUUAUUUCCGGUGCACAUCCGGGUCAGAGGAGGCCCGUGCACAUGCGCACAAGCUAUUUCCGGUGCUCCUCCAACCCGUAAGUGCGCCGGAAACAACGUGUACGCACGCAUUUGGGCACGCGCUCCCCCACCCUCUGGCCCGCUGCGCAAUCGGCGCUGGAGACACUGGCCCGAGGCCCGAGUUUGCUGACCCCUGUCCUGGACAGUCUGCAAAGGUUUGCUUGAAUGACUUUGGUGCGUACCAUCCAACCCCAGAGCCUGUCAAAUGGCAGGGAGGAUUCCAGUUUCUUCUUCCCCUCUGUGAGGCAGAGAGGAACAAUUUACAGUGAAGAAGCACCAGGCAGGGGAGAGUUUACCCUUUCCCCACCCACCAUCUCCAUCCCCAAAUGAGCUUUCCCUCCAACAGGGGCUUCCAGAAGCAAUAACCAUUCUGUGAAUAUGAGGGAAGAGGCCAGGAAACUGCAGGGGCAAAGCGGCAGGGAGAGGCGGGAUAAGUACAUCCUCCCCCUUGCUGCUUCUCCCCUGCAGAUUGCACAUUUGUGGCGACUGGCAUUUGUUGCAACCCAGAGUGGGUGCUUCCCCCAGCACUCUCUUGCGCACCCCAGAAAUGAUCUCUUUCAGCUUUUUCCUUCUGGAAGAAGGUACAGGGUUAUAAAGACUAGGACUAGCCGCCUGAGAAACAGUUUCUAUUCAAUUGCGAUUUUGGUUUUAAACGCAGUGUAGGAUAGUCUCUGUGGGAGUAUAUUGUAUUUAAUUAUGGGGUAUCAGAGUUUUUAGGGGGCUAACCAGGCUGGGAUAGCUAGGAUAGCAGGCUUGUUGGUUUUUGAAUGUCUGAUGUAGACGUUUUCAAUUUCGUUGUUCUGUAUGGGGCAAUGACAAUAAAGAUUAUCGUAUCGUAUUGUAAACUCCAGGACGUGGGAUCGUAGAAUUGUAGAGUUGCAAGGGACCCUAAGAGUCAUCGGGUCAACUCCCCUGCAAUGCAAGAAUAAAUGUGCCCACAAGCAGUGCCAGGUUUACGUAUAAGCUAAACAAGCUAUAACUUAGGGCCCCACUCUCAAGGGGGCCCCAAAAAAAUUUAAAGGGGAAAAAAGCCUGGAAGUACAUUUCCAAAAUAUAAGAUAAAAAACAAAUAUAAUAAAACCUACAUACAGCAACAGUGUUUUGUGUUGCAUAGGCUCCUAUGAUGUAAGUCAUGGGCCCCACCUGCUAGCCUGCUCCCUAAUAUAUUACUGGUUUGCUCAUUUCUAUAUAUAGGGUGCCAGUUCUGCAUGGACGGGUUGCAUGGCAACAUGUGCAAAUGGCUUUAGAUACCUAUUAGGUCCAUAAAUUACCAUAUAGCAUAUAUUCAACACCAAAAGCAGCGACAAUUUGUUGUUGACAAAGGACAGCUGGACAUAUAAAGGGCCCCAUUACCUUCAGUAGCUGAGGGCCUCAUCAAACCUAAAUCUGGCCCUGCCUAUGAGUUCCAAACAUCAUUGGCGGCCAGCUGAUGCCAACUCUUUGACUUUCUUCCCAGGCCUCCUCCUCCGGCCACUGGAUGCUUCAUCGCCCCUUGCCAAGUCUCCCCCAGGGCAACCCCCCUUCAGCAGCGCCCUGGGACUCCCUGGCAACUUCGCCGUUUCCUGAGGAGGAGCAGCUGAGCUGAUUGUGGCUGAGACGGCAGCGGAGACGGGUAAGAGACAUCACCAGCAGAUUAAUCAACCAGAGACUGAAGUUGACUGACUGAGGAGGGAAGGUUAGGCCGAUGGCAUAUGAAUAUCACAGGAGAAUAUGAGACCUGUGUGCUGAAUCAAAGUUCCCCCCAGUGAAAGAAGAGCAGAAUGAAAAAGGACAGUGGGAGGAGAAAGGGGGGAAGAGGGAAGGGAGAAAUCUGAAAGGCCCUCUCUGCUAUCGGAGCAAUGUCCGUUGGUGGAAGGAUGCAAGCUUCAUAAGUUACACAGAGUCCUUCAGCAGAACCUGUUCCAACCAGCUAUGGGUGGCCUUGGGUAAGCAUCCAUCUUCUGGCUUCAGCUACCUCACAGGAUCAUUGUGCAGCAGCUGAAAUGCACCCCCAAGCUGCUUGGAGGAGGGGGUGGGAGAGUCCCACUGCAGUUUUUCAGUAUAUUUUUAAAAAAUGCUUCCUUCGUUUGCCCCUCAUCAACAACCCAGUAAGCUUGGUCAGGCUGAAAGAGAGUGACUUUGAGCUGCCAGAGGCAGGCAGGGUGCAACAAGGAUCUCUACAGGGUGUGCCUGGUUUGUCCCCCACCCCCCCAGAUUCUGUGCCCAGGGUCACGGGGGCCCCUCCUAGCCCCUUCACGCUACACCACUGAGAUAGGGUAUGUGGGUUUUAUCCUCUCAACAACCCUGUGAGGUAGGUUGGGCUAAGAGAUAGCCAUUGGCCCGAGGUCACCAACUUAGCUUCAUGACUGAGACCCCCGGGUAAAGGGUGGGAUAUAAAUUCUAAUAAUAAUAAUAAUAAUAAUAAUAAUAAUAAUAAUAAUGGCUGCUUGGGGAUUUGAACCCUGGUCUCCCAGGUCCAAGUCCAACACUCUAACCACUAAGCCACGCUGGCCCUCUAGGGGGCUCCUGGCCAGGCAGCGCCUCCUUUACCCGACUCCAAAGCUUCUGCCCUCUCCAGAGCCAACAGAAGCAGCCAGAAGGCUAGAUGUCACCUAACCCGUUUUUGUGUUUGCACAGCUGGUGCCAUCUGCAACGCACAAUCUGCUCUGCUGGAAGGUACCCCUGUCCCUCCGCCUCCGGCAUCCCAUCGCCAGCCUGGAUUGCGUCCAUUGGGGCAGCAGCCACACAAGACUGAACUUUCCAUCGCACUGGUUGUCACCCACUCUGCUGCUCCCUGUUUUUCCCAGGGGGAGAGACGGGUUUGCUUCUCUGCAACUUUUUGCCUCGCAGCCUUGAACCACACGGACUCCCCCCACUAAGGAUGAAGGACUGAGCCAAGUGGGUCCUCUGUAUUUUUCAGCGACUCCUGGGUGCCUUUUCAGACGGUUACCGGUUUUCCCAGGAGAACGGCACAACCCGCGCAAACCACAUCACACAGACUGCCACUCCUGCCAGCAGAAAAUCGCUCAGCACUCAAAGCAUCAUUGCUGGGAAACAGCGGUUUCUCACUCCUGCUGAUGCAUCACAAGCACUUCCUCCUAUCCUUGUGAGAAUGGCAGUGGUGCUCAUGCCGUGGGCUCUGACUGGACAGUGUCCAUGCCGUCAUUGUCACGUCCCAUUCCUUGCCUAGCUGCGUCAUUGUUUGGCAGGCUGCUGGUUUUUGUAAAUUGCUCUGAUGCCUUGUUUUUUCCUUUUGGGAGCAAACUCAGAAGGAAGGGUCCAAUAUUUUUUUUUCAGACCUUCUGAGGUCAGGGUUGAAUCUGGCCUGUGUUACGAGUGGUAAAGAGUUAGUUUUGGUUAGCAUUUCAAUCUAGCUGUGUGUGCAUGAUGCUUUUUUUGGUUGAAUGGAUGCUGUGUUAGCCACAUCCACAAGGUGGUGUCAACACUCAAGUGAUAGAGGCAGAGAAUACCACAACUUCAAGUUCAAACUUGUGUACACACACACACACACACACACACACACACACACUUGUGCACUUCUAGGGCAUUUCCAGACUACUGCUGCUUCCAAGUGGGAUUCAUUCUCAUGCCCUCAAAUUCAGGUUGCACUUCUAAAGACGAUUAGGCUGCUGUUUUCAGCAGACCUGCUCCCCCCAAAAUCAGAUUUUAUUGCAAUAAGGAAAAUGAUGGGGAAAAUGUUCUUUUAAAGUGUGAGAUGACGAUUGCUUGACCUGACGUUGUACAAACUCCUCUCAAACCAAUCAGAAUGUAUACUCGGUAAAUAUACAUGUUGUCUAACCUCCUUGCAAACCUUGUGCAAACAAAUCAGGAUGAAAGUGUAAUAAACAGGUCGCCUGGAAGCGACCAGAGUCUCCUUUCAGAUUUUUAAA